GCUCUUCUGGCUCCUCCCUCCCCACCCGUCGGCGGCUCUGACCGUCCGUCCGUAGUCUCGCCUUGAGGCGUUCCCAAUUUGGUCAAUUAGACUACCUUCAAUCCAGUGAGCUCCCUACCUUACCUUACCACCUAUACUCCGAACUCCGUACUAGGUAUACUUUGCGAGUACUUUUCUGUCACGAAGAGUACGAACUCCGUACUGCGGUCACUGUCCAAGGCAGAACGAUGUCAUGAUUCAUGAUCCGGGAAUCCUUCGGAUGUGACAGCUCCGCCAAAUGGAACACCAGGCUUUUCUCCGCCUCAGGCGUCAUCGCAGAGAGGGGGAACAAGAAAGUGAUGCGGAAGCGACGCCUCCAACGGUUGCGAGAUCACCCCUCGUGGACAAAAGUGCAGGGUAUGCAAGCCUGCGAGGCCCAUGUAUCGUCACUUGUCGUGGAAUCGGACGAUCCUCCACGCGCGAAUGCUGUCCGUCAGCAUGGGAAAUUCUAGAAGGACUGUACACGAGUACUGCAUGGAUGUAUCUUAGCGGACAAGCUAGAGCAGAGCUUGAAGCAGAGUCCGAGCAAUAUUACGCACAUACUCUGGACGAUGUGCGAUGGAACUAUCAGGUAGCUGCUGCCUUAGCCUGUCAGCUCCGUACCGUACAGUCAGUAUCUUCCCGACAGCCGUGUCGAAAAUCACCGAAAAGUGGAUUUCCGGCCUGGCGUGCGGACUAUGAGUAUUAGGCUAGCAGGGGGGAAGAGCCUUGUCAUGAUGUGAUGUCUUCAAGCUGAAGAACAAUCCAGAAAAAAAGACCAAGAAGACCCUUGGUUGGAAAAUCCAUACUAAAUCAAUCGACUCAUCAAGGGAGAAAAAGAAACGACCGGACAAAACCCCAAGGGCGGUCCCAAAUCUGGCAAGAGUCGAGUUCCGUAGCGUGGCUGGCGGCCGCUAAUGUCGUGGGGGCCAAAAACCGGCCGAAGCAGCAGAAAUUGGGGAUAAAAAAAAA